CGCGACCCUCGUCAAGUUCCUCCACCGCUCGCUUCCGCCGCACCUCCGGCUGCAUAGCUUCGAGAAUGGGCACAAGACGGGCCUCAUCAAGCGCCUCCCGAGCAAGCCGGUCAUGCUCCAGCCGUACGGGCUGAGCAUCGGCAAGUUCCUCGGCAAGAACGGGUACGAGAUGGGCUUCACCAACGACCUCGAGGGCAAGUUCCAGGGCAACCCGCACCAGGCGCAGCUCGCGCGCCGCAUCUACGAGGAGCUGCUCGGCGAGAUGGAGCGCAACGAGUGGCCGUACGAGGCCCUCGUCAAGACGAUCUAUCCGGCGAGCCACGACGUCGCUCGCGCGUCCCUCAUGUUGUUCGCGGCGGACAUUGUCCAGAUCCGCCCUGUCCUCCUUCCUCCUGUCGACCCGUCCGACUCGAGCGCCAUGUCCGUCUCCUCCGUCGGGACCGACUCGACCCUCUCGUCCGUCGACGAGCUCCUCGCCGGCGACAACGUCGACGAGGUCAUGGCCGCUGUCGACGUCGAGCGCAACGACAGACCGCUCGAGCGCUGGCUGCGCACGCGCCCGGCAGCUACCGACGAGGAGGAGGGCGAGGAGGACGGCUACGAGGGUCAGGACGAGGGCGGUGGCGGGACCGACAUCGACGACGAGAUUGCCGAUGACGAGAUCGCCGAUGACGAGGCGGAGGAGGACGAGGGGGAGGAGGACGAGGCGGAGGAGGACUCGGACGAGUCGUGGGAGGGAUCUGUCACGGGACGGUUCUCGGAGGCGUCGGACGAGGAGCAGUAG